UAACUAGCAGCGUAUCAAGACGGUUCUUUUACACUGCCGGCUAAAAAAAGCAAACUUUACAUUAAUUUAAAUUAUUUUAUAUAAAAAAUCUACAAAAAUUACUCCACCGGCAGAGAAAAAACGUAAAACAAUGGCCACAGCCGAAAAACGUGAAAAAAUUGGUAUAGUCGGCAGCGGCUUAAUUGGGCGCUCUUGGUCCAUGUUGUUUGCCUCAGUGGGCUAUCAAGUCAUGUUGUUUGACAUUCUGCCCGAACAGGUGGCCAACGCAUUGACGGAAACCCAAAAGGAAUUGAACAAUUUGGAGUCAAAGGGUCUACUCAGGGGCAAACUUUCAGCUGCCCAACAAUUUGCUUGCCUUUCGGGAACCAAUGAUCUUAAGGAAUUGGCCAAGAAUGCCAUAUUCAUACAGGAAUGCAUACCCGAACGUUUGGAUAUGAAGGUCAAUCUUUACAAACAACUAGAUGAAGUCGUCGAAAGCAAUACCAUACUGUCCAGUUCAACAUCUACAUUUUUGCCUUCCCUUUUCAGUAAAGAUUUGAAACAUCAAUCAAAUGUUGUUGUGUCACAUCCUGUAAAUCCCCCCUACUAUGUGCCCCUGGUGGAGAUUGUACCUGCACCGUGGACUAAACCCGAAGUGGUGACCAAGACUAGAGCCAUUAUGGAAGAAAUUGGUCAAAAGCCUGUAACACUGUCACGUGAAAUUGAAGGCUUCGCUUUGAAUCGCAUCCAAUAUGCCAUACUCAAUGAAUGCUGGCGUUUGGUGGAAGCUGGUAUUCUAAAUGUGCGUGAUGUUGACAGUGUUAUGUCCGAUGGUUUGGGUAUGCGUUAUGCCUUCUUGGGACCCCUGGAAACGGCUCAUCUCAAUGCUGAGGGUAUGCGCAACUAUUUUGAACGUUAUACCAAUACCAUUUUUGCGGUCAGUGAAACUAUGGGUCCAACACCAAAAAUGGAAGGACCUACAGCAACAGUGGUUGCUGAUCAAUUGGAAGAAAUGGUGCCUCUAGAUAAAUUACCGGAAAGAAGAUUGUAUCGCGAUAAUUGUCUAACCCAAUUAAGUAUCUUGAAGAAGGAUCUUAACAAGUGAAGCAGCGAAUAAUAUAUUGAUUUGUAUGAAGAGUAUUUUUUAACUCUUUUUAAAAUUAAGCACAACGUGGAGCAAUACGAAGAGUGAUGCACAAUAAUUAAAUUUUACUACAACACUUUUAAA